GACACAUAGUGAGCAUGGGAACGCAGACACAUAGUGAGUAUGGGAACGCAGACACAUAGUGAGCAUGGGAACCAGACACAUAGUGAGCAUGGGAACCAGACACAUAGUGAGCAUGGGAACCAGACACAUAGUGAGCAUGGGAAUGCAGACACAUAUGCAAACAUGGGAACCAGACACAUAGUGAGCAUGGGAACCAGACACAUAGUGAGCAUGGGAACCAGACACAUAGUGAGCAUGGGAACGCAGACACAUAGUGAGCAUGGGAACGCAGACACAUAGUGAGCAUGGGAACCAGACACAUAGUGAGCAUGGGAACCAGACACAUAGUGAGCAUGGGAACCAGACACAUAGUGAGCAUGGGAACCAGACACAUAUGCAAACAUGGGAACGCAGACACAUAGUGAGCAUGGGAACGCAGACACAUAGUGAGCAUGGGAACCAGACACAUAGUGAGCAUGGGAACCAGACACAUAGUGAGCAUGGGAACGCAGACACAUAUGCAAACAUGGGAACGCAGACACAUAGUGAGCAUGGGAACUAGACACAUAGUGAGCAUGGGAACCAGACACAUAGUGAGCAUGGGAACCAGACACAUAGUGAGCAUGGGAACCAGACACAUAGUGAGCAUGGGAACGCAGACACAUAGUGAGCAUGGGAACCAGACACAUAGUGAGCAUGGGAACCAGACACAUAGUGAGCAUGGGAACGCAGACACAUAGUGAGCAUGGGAACCAGACACAUAGUGAGCAUGGGAACCAGACACAUAGUGAGCAUGGGAACGCAGACACAUAGUGAGCAUGGGAACCAGACACAUAGUGAGCAUGGGAACCAGACACAUAGUGAGCAUGGGAACCAGACACAUAGUGAGCAUGGGAACCAGACACAUAGUGAGCAUGGGAACGCAGACACAUAUGCAAACAUGGGAACCAGACACAUAGUGAGCAUGGGAACCAGACACAUAGUGAGCAUGGGAACCAGACACAUAGUGAGCAUGGGAACCAGACACAUAGUGAGCAUGGGAACGCAGACACAUAGUGAGCAUGGGAACCAGACACAUAGUGAGCAUGGGAACGCAGACACAUAGUGAGCAUGGGAACCAGACACAUAGUGAGCAUUGCUGGUGAUGAGCUGGAGAGUGUGCAGGUCGUCUGUGGGAAGGGCAUAGGAAUGACAAACUUGGAGACAUAGAAUCCUCCCUAUUUAUGAGAUCUUGCUUGAACUGGGAAGCUCAGCAGGGGUUAAUCAGGUGUAAAGAGGAGUGCCCUGUGAUCGAGAGGUGUGGUGGCAGGCACGUGUGGAAACAAGCAGGAGGUAUGUGUGUUUGGGGAACUGAAGUUAGUCCAGUGAGUCUGGAAUCUGUAUUUGAGGGUAGGAAUGAAUGGGACAUCCUGGCCAUAGACAUCUGCUGAGUAGAGUGGGCAUAUGCCUCCCACCCCUUGCAGGCUGGGAGGCUUGAGACUAAAGAAGGGUGUUGCUGAGUAUUGCUAAGAUACUAGGCCAGCCUGCAUAGACUGCAGUAUGUUCAGCCUGACUAGAAGGUGGAUUAGUAACGUUCAGACAUAGCUUAUGUAGUGUACGAGUGGUAUUGACAGCUCCCAGGCCCUAGGAUGCUGCGGGUAAGAGUUUGAGGAAGCACACAUGAGUUUCCUCAAGAGAGGCACACUCAGUUUGCACAGCAGACGUACAUUCUGGCUGCAGGACUGCAGAACGAAGUCUGCGAGAAGCAGCAGAUGCAGGGUAGCCCACACAGCCUUCUGAGGCAGCUGAGGAACUGAGACAUGGGAUAGAGAGAAGUGAGCAGAGUUUAGGUAGAUCUAGAAAGUAGAUUUGCCAAACCUUUCUUAGAUGUGAAGAGAGUGAGAGAAGUGUAAAGCAAACAAAACAAAACAGAAAAGAAAAAAACCCUUGAUGCUUUUCUUCAAGGUGUGUUGUAAGCGAGUGAGCGAGUGUGUUGUGUUGUCAGGUAAGUGAGUGGGGACCCUUGGGACAAUGGUUUUAUGGUGGGCACUGAGGAAGUCUCCCUAGGCUGCUUACUACUCUUCCGAAGCCAGGGCUUAGUGAGAAGGAAGUUAGUUCUGUUCCAGGGCUGAGAAGAUGGAGGAACCCCCAAGGCUCCAUUUAGGGAGCAGGACUCAAACUGUUUCUAUGGUGAGAGAUAUCUGCUACAGUGAGGCCAUGGGUGGGAAGGCCAUGCUGAGUGGGAUUCUGUUGUCUAGAGUGUCUCCUGUUUUGUUUUGUUUUUUUUUUUUCCUCAGGCCAGAACAAUUUGCCCAACCAUAUCCUCCCUGGAGCUAGUUCCUAUAUGUUCUUUAAAUAGGCAUACUCCUUUUCUGCAAAUUAGACGUCGCAGCAAUGCAUGCGCUUUGUGUGAGCCAAGGCAUUGUGUGUUCUGAUCCAAUCUGAAGGUCGUUGGGUGUUCUGGGCUCAGUAGAUCUAAGAAAAGAUUAGUUAGCCAUUAACUUACUAUUUAUCUAGGUGCAGCUUCUCUGGAGACUUUCCACUGCUGGCCCAGGGAGAGGAUGUAACCUUGCAGAGGGCAGAGGCUCAAGCAGCCUUCAGGAUGGCUCCCAGUGCAGAGGCCCAGGUUACUACAGGUCCUGGAAGCCUGGCUGAGGCAGGAAGGGAAAGAGGAAAGGACAAAUACAAACAUGCUUGAACUUGGAAGUAAACAUGGAAGAGCAGAGUCAAGUGGUCUGGGCAUGCUCAGUGGGAGGCACACCUAAGCCCAGCAACCCAGAACCUCAGCUCAUUUGGUUACCUGUGCAACAGAGGGGAGCAUUGUCUGGUCUUGAGAGGAGGUCUCUGUAGGGGAGGGAGAGGGAAGCUGUGCUUGCUAGGUUUUGCACACACUGUCAACACUUGAACUCUGACCCAGGGAAGGCUCCGAGCCCCACCCUGGGAUAGGUGGCGAGGAAGGCCUGCCAUUCGCAAGGAUGGGAAGCAUUGGCUCUACCAUGUCAAAUGGUACACAGUCUCUCAGCACUUCCUCCUCCUCACACAGUCACCUUAAAGCUCCCUCAGCUCCCACACAGUGUACUGUUCCUGAGGUAGACGCCUUUGAGUCCUGUGCAUGCAAAGCUGAAAGGCAAUUUAUAAGAUGAAUAAAGCUGAGAGACAAGGAAGACGCGUGGAUUGAAAAAUAAGCUGGGAUUCCUCUGCAUAAGGAAGGCCAGUGUGGCCCUCAGGGAGAGCGUAGAGGGAAGAGAAGCCUGGAGAAUGUGGUGUUACAGUGUGGGCCGUUCCCAAGGCAAGCCUCCCCUUUGUUGGUGUAAAGUAACUGGUUAAAGGAAGCAAGAACACAGUUUACUUUGAGCCAAGUGUGAAUGGCUAUGACCGGGGAACAUGGAGUCAAGUUAUCCCGAACGACAUAUUCUAUUCUGCCUUCGCUGUGGAAAAGGCUAAGUGCACUUUUUUGAUCACAGAACAAAGGAAAGUCAAACAUCAAUGCAUUUUCAAAUUAUGUUGUUGGCAGGUAGCCACAGCAAAGCUGGAGGGUCCCUUCUGUAGGUUUCAGGAGUUAGGGUGUCUUCGGCCUCCACAGUGAUAUCCUUGGAGCGGUUUGCCUAGUAAUCAUGAGAGCCUUAGGUCUGACCCAGAAGUCAAGGUAAUCAGCCCAGGAUAAUUCCUCUGUGACCCACGUUCCUUCUCUCCACACUCAGGACUCCAGUCAGUGAAAGGUCAGUCUGCAGGCCCUCCCUUCACUAAGUCAGCUGCUUCAGGAGACCUCAGUUCACACUGAGAAGGGGGUGGUGAGAGGAACUGCAAACUAGAGGAAGGUGUGUGUGCAGAAGGCCAGGGAGAGGUCUCUUAAAGGAAGAGGAGGUAGGGAUUGUGUCCUCUGCAGCAGGAUAUGAGGGAGUCAGAACCUGAAGAACCUGAAGGGUGCACGUCCCUUGGCCAGUUGGCCAGCUUGACCAAGCAGAAUAGACACAUGGAGUCUUUCUCUUGAGAUUUGACAUACUGAGAGUAAAGAGACAGUCUUGGUCCGAGGAUAGCGGGGCAGAGGGUGGUCUGAUUGUCUUUUCUUUUUAAAUUUGUAGUGAUGGAGGCAAUUGAGUGAGUGGAAAGAUUUGAUUUAUGUCCCCAGAGUUGGUACAGAGUUAGCGAUGGAGAGGUUAGACCUGGAUAGAGGGUCUCUGCGCUCAGGCUCCUCCUUUCUUCCUUUGCUCUUUUGAUGUUGGGGUCAAGAUCAAGUCUGUGUUGGCUCCCAGAGCACUAAAUCAGAUUGACGGUGUCUUCCUAGGGAGUGUUAGGGCUCUGCCUCUGCGUUCUCAUGCAUGACUAUUUAAAGUACUCUACCCUUCCGUAGGGCUUGUGGCAGGCCCCUUUCUUGAGCAGGUCCUACACACUAACCUGUGCUAGCUGGCCAGUGCAGUGGCACACAGCUAGUUCUAGAGGAGGAAGAGGAUACAGAGAGCCAUUCAUUUUCACAGUUGUGCUGUUUAUUGAUUUGUAUGAUCUUUAAAAAACAGUGGUAACUGUAGUAUAAAAUCUGUCAUCUUAACACCUUUUAAGCACGCAGUUCAGGCCAUUUAGUAUGCUGUUGUUUGAAUCAUAUUGAGCUGGAUAUUGGCCAACAGGUACCCAUUUGAGUCCUGCUUUUAGUUCUUUUGGACAUAAACUUGCAAAUGAAACCGUGUUAUUUCUCUGUCUGUCUACGUUGUUACAGAUCAACCCGCCCGCACUUGGCUUUCGCUUUUAAAAGAAGAGUGUCUGAAUCUUACCAAUUCUCAGCCCUCGUCAUUUUAAACUGACGUGGAUGGAAAUAUAGUUUGUGAUGAUGAAUGUUGAACUUCCACCACGGAACAGCGGCCGUGCAUUAGGUUCUGAUUCUCAGAAUCUCCGUCUCCUCUGACUCUGCCACACGCUUCCCUAAUCCCUGACCUGUGAUUUCUUUCUUGGACAUUGAAUUGUGCUGCAGUACCAAGCUGGACUUCGUAAUCAUGUGGCUCUUGGCUCGGGUCAUGUACGACUUUGCUGCUGAGCCUGGAAACAAUGAGCUGACCGUUACUGAAGGAGAAAUCAUCACAGUUACAAACCCGAAUGUUGGUGGAGGAUGGCUGGAAGGAAAGAACAACAAAGGAGAGCAGGGGCUUGUUCCUACUGACUACGUGGAAAUUUUACCAAACGAUGGAAAAGAUCCGUUUUCUUGUGGGAAUUCAGUAGCCGACCAAGCUUUCCUCGAUUCCCUGACAGCUAGCACAGCUCAAACCAACUCAUCUUCUGCCAACAGCAAUAACCAGGUUGGUGGUGGCAAUGACCCCUGGACAGCCUGGAAUGCUCCCAAACCUGGGAACUGGGACAGCUCCGAUGCCUGGGGCUCCAGGACAGACGGAACUAGCGCUCAGAGGAACAGCAGCGCCAACAACUGGGACACGGGCUUUGGCCACCCACAGGCCUACCAAGGACCAGCAACUGGUGAUGAUGACGAAUGGGAUGAAGACUGGGACGACCCCAAGUCCUCCUCACCUUACUUCAAGGAUUCAGAACCAGCUGAAGCAGGGGGCAUCCAGCGGGGAAACAGUCGUGCGGGUGCCUCCUCCAUGAAGCUGCCCCUUAACAAAUUUCCUGGAUUUGCAAAACCUGGCAUGGAGCAGUACUUGUUGGCCAAGCAGCUAGCAAAACCCAAAGAGAAAAUCGCCAUCAUCGUUGGAGAUUAUGGCCCUAUGUGGGUUUAUCCUACCUCUACGUUUGACUGUGUGGUAGCUGAUCCCCGGAAAGGUUCCAAAAUGUACGGUCUGAAGAGCUACAUUGAGUAUCAGCUAACACCCACUAACACUAACCGAUCUGUAAACCACAGAUAUAAGCACUUUGAUUGGUUAUAUGAGCGUCUCCUGGUUAAGUUUGGGUCUGCCAUUCCGAUCCCUUCUCUUCCAGACAAGCAGGUCACAGGUCGCUUUGAAGAGGAAUUUAUCAAAAUGCGGAUGGAGCGGCUCCAGGCCUGGAUGACCAGGAUGUGCCGGCACCCGGUGGUGUCAGAAAGUGAAGUUUUCCAGCAGUUCCUGAAUUUCCGAGAUGAGAAGGAAUGGAAGACUGGAAAGAGGAAGGCUGAGAAAGACGAACUGGUGGGAGUGAUGAUAUUUUCCACCAUGGAACCAGAGGCUCCUGACUUGGAUUUGAUAGAAAUAGAACAGAAGUGUGACGCUGUGGGGAAGUUCACCAAGGCCAUGGAUGACGGCGUGAAGGAGCUGCUGACGGUGGGGCAGGAGCACUGGAAGCGCUGCACAGGGCCCUUACCCAAGGAGUAUCAGAAGAUAGGGAAGGCUCUGCAGAGCUUAGCGGCAGUGUUCAGCUCCAGCGGUUAUCAAGGAGAGACCGACCUUAACGAUGCAAUCACAGAAGCUGGGAAGACGUAUGAGGAGAUCGCCAGCCUUGUGGCAGAGCAGCCAAAGAAGGACCUCCACUUCCUGAUGGAGUGCAACCAUGAGUACAAAGGCUUUCUCGGCUGCUUCCCGGACAUCAUUGGUGCCCACAAGGGAGCAAUAGAAAAAGUGAAAGAAAGUGAUAAGCUGGUUGCAACUAGUAAAAUUACUCCCCAAGACAAGCAGACCAUGGUGAAGAGAGUUGGCACCAUGUCUUACGCUCUGCAAGCUGAGAUGAAUCACUUUCACAGUAACCGGAUCUAUGAUUACAACAGUGUCAUCCGCCUCUACCUGGAGCAGCAAGUGCAGUUCUAUGAAACAAUCGCAGAAAAGCUGAGGCAGGCCCUCAGCCGCUUCCCGGUUAUGUAAACCAGAAUGGAACACAAGAGAACUCCGAAGUGCUUCAUUUACCUGGGGCAAUGCGAUUCAAUUCCCUCCCCUCCCCGCCCCCCAUCAUAAGAGAGAGAAAAGGAAGAAAACCAAAAAGAAAGAAGUUGACAAACCCUGUUUUGGUCGUUAGCCACCUACGUGCGCUGUUGCCCAGGAUGGCCUUUCUUGUUCAUUUCAGCCUAUUAGUUACCCAGUGAAAAUGUCUAUUUUUGGAAAAUACUUAAAUUUAUCAAGAUUUUGAAUGAAGAAAUAGGGGUUCUUCCUCCUGGUAUUUUACAUAGAAUCGUAAUUUAUAUAUUACCUGUGAUCUUCCAGUUCUUACCCAAUGUCAGAUAAUUAAUACUAAUUGCUUUCUUAAAAAUAUGAAAAACGGCAGAAUAAAAAGUAUAUCUUUGUAUAUUUUUA